AUGAGCUACCUCGACGCGCUCGUGCAUGGUGUCUCCACAAGCACGCAGACAGGGUUGAUUCCCACGAACUUCGCCGUCUUCAGUCGCCUCGGGCAGGUGAUCCUUGCUGGGAUCAUGCUCCUGGGCAAUGGUGUGCUCAUCACACUAGCGCCGGUCGUCACCCGGCUCUACUAUUGGCACAAAUUCUCCAAUCAGCACUCCAGGAGUGACGAGUACUUCGCCCUGUGGCAGCUGUUGAUCAUCGUGCCGUCCUACUACUGCUUCUUCGUCGGCCUGGGGUGGAUCGUGCUGGGCGUCUACGCUGCUUCGGCCCCCGACGCGCUUGACCUGAUGGACAAGAACAGCAACAACCCCGCAUGGUGGGGCCUCUAUCACUCCAUGUCGGCCUUCGGCAACUGCGGAUACUCGACGUUCGCGGACAGCAUGGUCCAGUGGCAAACCCAACCACUCCCGCUCAUCGUCAUGUCCAUCCUCAUCUUGGUCGGCAAUACAGCGUUCCCUCUGAUGAUGCGUCUGAUCGUCUACACGCUCUGGCGCGUGCCCUUCCUGAAGCGUUCCAAGCACGUGUACCGGUACUUGCUUGACCACCCGCGGCGUUGCUACACCCACUUGUUCCCCGCUCCGGAGACAAGGUGGCUUCUUGUACUGCUGCUCUUCCUCAACUCGGUCGAGUUCCUCUUCGAACUGAUACUAGAUUGGGACAACGCGGCCUAUCUCCAGCUCAACGCAGGCUACAAAUUGGUCAAUAUGUACUUUCAGGCCAUCGCCAUUCGCACAGCGGGCUUCAACUCAGUUGAUCUGACGAAGCUGUCUUCGGCCAUCCUGUGGCUCUACGUCGGAAUGAUGUACAUCUCUGCAUCGCCUGUAGCGAUCACCGUGCGCUACACCGGACAGGCCAAAAACCAAAGCCGUGAUGACAGCAUCGAGGCAGCGAGCCGCGCGCCUCACAAGAAGAACACGGUAGGAUCGCAGGUGCAGAACGUGUUCGUGAAACACUUUGUGUGUGUGUUCCUCGCCAUCCUCUUCAUCAGCAUGAUCGAAGAGGUUCCACUCGCGGUCGACCCCAACUACUCCCUGUUCAAGAUCAUCUUCGAGGUGGUCUCCGCCUACGGCACUGUGGGGCUCUCGCUCGGCUAUGGCUCUAAUCCCACGUCCUUCCUGGGCGUCCUGUCCGGUGGCUCCAAGUUGGUGCUCUCGUUCAUGAUGAUCCUCGGGAAGCACAGGAAUUUGCCGGAUUCGAUCGAUACGGCUGUGACGGUCCCCAAGGAGCUCCUGUUCGAAGAAACGGACCUCGACGAGAUCGAAGUGCUCAGCGAGAGCGACGGUGACGACGCCACGCAACGUCAGCGAUAUCGCGAUCACAGCCAUCGCGGUCAUCAUCGUCACCGCCACGAAGCGGACAAAAAGAAAACGAAGAGAAGCUCGCGUCACGUCGAGGAAGACAUCGAAGAAAGCGAAGAACGAAAACGACCAGGCCCGGAAAACGAAAAGAGAGAAGUAAGCGGAGAAGAAGAAAGCGAAGGAGAAGACGAGGAAGGGUCGCAGUUCGACACUGGCGAGGAAGACAUCGAACUCGGGCGAAGGAACCGGUGGUGA